AUGGAUGACUGUGUAUUGCAAGAUUUAUACACCUGGGUUGAUAAAAUCCCUUUGUCUCGUAUCAAAAGAAAUAUAGCAAGGGACUUUUCAGAUGGUGUUCUUAUGGCUGAAGUCAUGAAGUUCUUUUUCCCGAAAAUUGUAGAUGUUCAUAAUUUUCCUACGUGUAACUCUGUCGAGUCCAAAAGGAAAAACUGGCAACUGCUGAACUGGAAAGUUUUUAAAAAGUUGAAUUUCGAAUUAUCCGAUGAUGUCAUUGAAAGUUUGGCUAUGGCCAAACCCGGAACUAUAGAGAAAGUUUUGCUGCUAUUGAGAACCAGAAUUGAGCGAAUGGUUUCGGACGACAAGGGGAAGGUUUAUGAUUACAGACCUGAGGCAGAUAGGUAUCCGCAUGCUCGUGGUAAUCGUGACAGUUCGAAUUCUCCAGUAGGAGUCCGGUCUCCUUCCUUGGAUUUCCCAGCCAUAUGCAACGCUGGAGCAGCUAUACGUCAUGCGCGUAGUCCUAACGGGAUCGUAAACAGAGGUGAUCAGAAACUAAGUGGCAUAAUACCGAAAAGAUCAGAAUAUGUCCCUCGCGUGUAUUUUGAGGAUAAGAUGCAACAAUGUAUCACUUUAAAUGAAACUAUUGAGAUACUACAUGCCAAAAUUAGGAAGCUGGAGAGUCUUUUGACACUGAAAGACAGGAAAAUCGAAGAACUACAAAAGAAAAUUAACUGGAUUUCACACUAG